GGUCCAGCCGAAGAAGCUGGUGGAAGACAAGGUACAUGAUACAAGUGAAUGCCGAUAUUUGGCUGUAACCGGAAAGAGAGUGUUUUUGAGGUUGUUUUCUGCGCAAUCGCCAUCGACCUGUCAUCCUUCACUCCGGAAAGCUAUCCCUGGGUUGAUCAACUGGUUGUCAGUUCUACAUCUCGCAUUGCGACUUCCAUUCCAUCAGCAUGCUCCGAUCGGUUCGCAUAGCCGGGCCCGCAGCCCGUAGCAGCCUCGGCUUGCCGAGGACAGCCAGCAGGCCGCUGAGCACAUGUCUGAAAGCCGCGACUAGUGCAUCCAAUGUUUCCGUCCCGUCACCAUUCACACGCCAAUCCACAACGCCCGUGACUCGGCACCAAAGAUAUUUCCACAGCAGUGCGACGAGAAUGGCGGCGAAAACCAGAACCGAGAGUGAUGCGUUCGGCGAGAUCGAGGUCGAGGCGGACAAGUACUGGGGAGCCCAGACGCAGCGCUCGCUGUCCAACUUCCGCAUCAACCAGCCCCAGGACCGCAUGCCCCCGCCAAUCAUCAAGGCAUUCGGCAUUCUGAAGGGCGCGGCGGCGACAGUGAACAUGCGCUAUGGCCUGGAUCCCACCAUCGGCAAAGCCAUCCAGCAGGCGGCAAAGGAGGUUGCGGACCUCAAGCUCCUGGAUCACUUUCCCCUCGUGGUUUGGCAGACGGGUUCCGGCACGCAAUCGAACAUGAACGCCAACGAGGUCAUUAGCAACCGGGCCAUCGAGAUCCUGGGCGGCACCAUGGGCACCAAGAAGCCGGUGCACCCCAAUGACCACGUCAACCGCUCCGCCUCGUCCAACGAUACCUUCCCGACCGUCAUGCACAUCGCUGCCGUGCUGGAGAUUGAGGGCGAGCUGCUCCCGGCUCUUCGUAGCCUGCGGGCGGCUCUGCAGGCCAAGGUGGACGAGUUCGAGGCGAAGAAGAUCAUCAAGAUUGGCCGCACCCAUCUGCAGGACGCCACGCCGCUCACGCUCGCCCAGGAGUUUAGCGGCUACGUCGCGCAGCUCGAUUUUGGCAUCAAGCGGGUGGAAAGCACCCUGCCGGACCUGCGCCUGCUGGCCCAGGGCGGGACGGCCGUGGGCACGGGCAUCAACACGUUUGAGGGCUUCGCCGAGGCCAUCGCGGAGGAGGUUAGCAAGAUGACGGGCACCGAGUUUAAGACGGCGCCCAACAAGUUCGAGGCGCUGGCAGCCCACGACGCCGUCGUACAGGCGCACGGCAGCCUCAACACGGUCGCCGCGUCGCUCACAAAGAUCGCGCAGGACAUCCGGUACCUUGGUAGCGGGCCGCGGUGCGGCCUCGGCGAGCUGGUGCUGCCCGAGAACGAACCCGGCAGCUCCAUCAUGCCCGGAAAGGUCAACCCUACGCAGUGCGAGGCGCUCACCAUGGUUUGCGCUCAGGUCAUGGGCAACCACGUCGCCUGCACGAUUGGCGGCAUGAACGGCCAGUUUGAGCUCAACGUCUACAAGCCCCUGAUUAUCCGCAACCUGCUCCAUAGCAUCCGACUGCUGGCGGACGGCAUGCGCAGCUUUGAGAAGAACCUGGUUGUGGGUCUGCAGGCUAACGAGGCCAAAAUUUCAAGCAUCAUGAAGGAGUCGCUCAUGCUGGUUACCUGCCUUAACCCCAAGAUUGGCUAUGACAUGGCCAGCAAGGUCGCCAAGAACGCUCAUAAGAAAGGCCUGACGCUCAAGGAGAGCGCCAUGGAGCUCAAGGCGCUCACUGAGGAGGAGUUUGAUGCGCUGGUGAGACCGGAGCUCAUGGUCGGCCCCAAGCCAUACAAGGGCUAGAUUCGAACGGACCCCGCGUGGUAGACGCAAACCAAGAGCGGUAGGACAUUUUGCUGGAAGCUUAUGAAGUCGUCUGCCCUCUGUUUAUGGGGCCCGACUUUGGGGAUGGC